UUGGUUUCUAUUUUUAUCCCCAUUGUGCGAUUCCAAUAUGAGAUGAUCGCAUCAAAAUCCGCGGAAAGAGUUGAUUUCGUCGAAAAAAAUGUCAACUCGCCUUCUCAAUUACAUAAAACUCAUUUUUGACGAUGUCUCGCUCGAAGAAGCUGCGGAUCAGUUUUUUGCGCACAAAUCUGGAGCGGCAAAAACAAAGUUCAUCUAUGAAGUCUUGAAGCAAAAAACGGUUUUGCCUCAAAUUUCGCCAAAUUCCAAAGAUGACACUGCCUCAUUAAACGCUCGAAACGAAGGAAAUGCAUUCUUCAAGCAAGCCGAGUACGUGAAUGCCUUGGAAUGUUACAACAAAAGUUUGUGUUUGGCAACAGGUGGUUCGGAAAACUUGGCAGUUGCAUAUGCAAAUCGCUCAAUGGUGUAUUUGAAGAUUGGAUUUUAUGAUUUUUGUUUGGAGAACAUCGAAAUGGCCUUGAAGGAGAAUUUUUCGGAAGAUUUGAAGACGAAAUUGGAAUGGCGGAGGAACAAAUGUAAGGAAAUGAUGAAAAAUAACACGACAAGAGUAACGAAAAAAGUGAAUUCGUUGAGUUAUGAAGCAAAUAAUCAAAUUCCUAUAAUGAUCGAUGGACUUGAACUCGCGAAAGAUGAUAAAUUUGGGCGUUUUAUACGUUCUACGAGAGAUUUGUAUCCAGGCGACGUAAUUAUCAUCGAAGAACCCCUUUUCAAGUGCAUUGUAGCUGAAGAUUGGUUCACAAGAUGUGCAAAUUGUCUCGAAACCAACGAUUUGAAUCUCAUUCCUUGCUUAAAAUGUCAAAAAACGAUGUUUUGUUCGCCUGAAUGUCAACAAGAAGCCUCAAAACGAUUUCAUCACAUCGAAUGCCCCAUAAUUGACGAAAUAAUUUCCAAUUUUGAUGCUUCUCCAACAGUAAUUUUAGCGAUUCGACAAACUUUACGUACUUUAACGAUGUUUUCCUCAAUUGAAGAGUUGAAAAAAUUCAUUUCUACAAUCGAUGUCGAACGAGAAAGUGCUUUUACGUUAAAUUACUCCCCUGAGUUGUCGGAAAAAGAUCAUUUAAAAGCAAUUUACGCUCAUACCGUUAACGAUUUCGAACGUAGUUUCAUCGAUGUCUUCAAAUUCACCAAUUCUUGUGCGGGAGUUUGGAAUUUAUUGAAGAAUUCAUCGUCUUUGUCGUCAUUUUUAACAUCUGAAAGUGAAGAAGACUUCUUUUUGGACCUAAUUUUUCGUUUUUUACACACAACAGCCUUCAAUUGUCACAGAUUUGGGGAUUUUGGAGCAGGAUCUUUUGCGCUUUGUAGUUUACUGAAUCACUCUUGUGCUCCCAACGUCGAAAGAGUUGUCGAUGGAACGACAAAUCACAUUGUUGUCAGAAGAUUUGUCAAAGCUGGAGAUCAACUUUUCGACAAUUACGGACCAAAUCAUCGAAAAACUGAAUUAUCUGAGAGACAAAAAAUUUUAAAGGAUGAAUACAACUUUUGGUGUCAAUGUGAAGCUUGCACGAACGAUUAUCCGUUACUUGAGAAGAUGAAUGCUCCAUUAGAACUGUAUCUUGAAAUUUCUGAAGAUAAAAAAUUGAUAAAAAAGGGCGAUGAAAAGUUCGUUCGUCGAAAAUUUGAAGAAUAUCGAAAAUUUUUGACGAAAAAUUACAAAAAAUAUCCAAGUUAUGAGAUUUGCGCGACAGAACAGAACUUGAUGGAGUGUCUUUGGGCCCUCAUGUUUUCGCAAUCUUUGGAAAAUCGUCUAAAAAUUAAAUUUUGUUAACAGCUUUAAUGAAAUAAAUAAGAAAAAAAUCAAUUAUCUGUUAGUUAAGCACUUAAAACAGUCCAUUAAAGUCUCAUUCGAACAAUUUCCGCGUU